AUGAAUCGAGGGCUGAUACUAAGGUUUGAAAAUCUGGUGCAGUUACGUGGUGCUUGCCAACAGCUGCAUAGUCUCUCCUGCCGAAGGGUGAACAGAGCACAAUGGAAGCCUGUGCAGGCCUCUGCACAGCCCGUGUGGUCCUUGCUGCUGUAUCCACGGUUCUGGCAGAAAGACAAAUUAGCCACUAUUGCCUUAUCGCAACACAGACAUCUAGCUACAAAGGAGGAGACAAAAAAGAAGAAAACAAAGAUCCCACUGACAAAAGGUGAAGUGGAGAUAAGGCAGAAGAUGACUGUUGGGGAACUUGCACAAGCUAUGGGUAAAGAUGUAGAUCAUAUUUAUGAAGCACUGCUGUACACAGACGUUGACCUUGAUUCACUAGAACGAGAUUCUGUCUUAUAUGAAGACCAAAUCAAGCUAAUUGUUAAAAAAUCAGGAAUGAAAUAUAAAUCAGCAAAACUGAAAGAGGAAAAAGAAAGAAUAAACACAGAUGCUGUGAAAAGGCCUCCUCCAGACCCAGCAGUACUAACCCCACGGCCCCCGGUUGUAACUAUCUUGGGCCAUGUUGAUCAUGGGAAAACAACCUUACUUGACAGUCUCCGGAAGACUCAAGUGGCAUCAAUGGAAGCAGGAGGCAUCACACAGCACAUUGGUGCUUUUCUUGUCCAUUUGCCCUCUGGGGAAAAGAUUACUUUUCUUGAUACUCCUGGACAUGCAGCUUUUUCAGCCAUGCGAGCAAGAGGUACACAUGUUACUGACAUAGUCAUUCUGGUGGUAGCAGCAGAAGAUGGAGUGAUGCAACAAACUAUUGAAUCCAUUCAGCAUGCUAAAAAUGCAGGAGUUCCUCUUAUCCUCGCCAUUAAUAAAUGUGACAAACCUGAAGCUGAUCCUGAAAGAGUAAAGAAGGAAUUGCUGGCUCAUGAUGUGGUCUGUGAAGAGUUGGGAGGUGAUGUUCAAGCUGUAAAUAUUUCUGCACUUAAGGGUGAAAAUCUGAUGGUUUUGGCAGAAGCAACUGUUGCUUUAGCAGAGAUGUUAGAACUGAAGGGAGAUCCCACAGGUCUGGUAGAGGGGACUGUGAUUGAGUCUCGAAAAGAUAAAGGAAAAGGUCCACUUACCACAGCUAUAAUCCAAAGAGGAACUCUGAGAAAAGGCUGUGUUCUGGUUGCAGGGAAGACAUGGGCAAAAGUGCGUUUCAUGUUUGAUGAGAAUGGGAAGUCUGUAGAUGAAGCCUCUCCAGGCAUCCCAGUGGAAAUUAUGGGCUGGAAAGAAGUUCCUUCAGCGGGAGAUGAAAUCCUUGAAGUAGAAUCUGAGCAAAGGGCACAUGAAGUUGUGGCUUGGAGAACCUAUGUUGAACAACAGGAGAAGAUGAAAAAGGAUGUAGAAGUUAUUGAAGCAAAGCAAAAGGAACACAGGAUAGAAUAUGAGAAGAAGCAACAGAAGUUUGCCCAUCUGACCUGGAGACAGAGGAAGGCAGUGCUGUACAAAGCCAAUAAGCACCUCAUGUUUUCAAAGCCUAAAGAGAGAACAGAAACGGACAAAAAUGUGCUGUCAGUAAUUGUCAAAGGUGAUGUGGAUGGAUCUGUUGAAGCUAUUCUGAACAUUCUGGAUAGCUAUGAUGCUGAUGAGGAAUGUAAAUUGGAUAUCCUUCAUUUUGGAAUGGGAGAUAUCAGUGAAAGUGAUAUAACCCUUGCUGAAGCAUUUAAUGGUGUUGUAUUUGGAUUCAGUGUGAAAGCCAAUGAAAAUAUUAAAAAGAUGGCUGCUAAAAAGGGAAUAAAAAUUAAGCUUCACAAUAUCAUCUACAAACUUAUUGAAGACUUGAAAGAUGAGCUAAACAGCAGACUGCCCCCAGCUGUGGUGGAGAACACAGUAGGGGAAGCUUCUGUUCUUGACACCUUCUCUGUAACAGUAGGAAAAAACAAAAUUCCAGUAGCUGGAUGCAGAGUACAGAAGGGGAUGCUAGACAAAAAACUUCAAUUUAAAUUAAUCCGCAAAGGGGAUGUUAUUUGGAAAGGAUCUUUAUCAUCACUGAAGCAUCAUAAAGAUGAUGUCCAGGUAAUAAAAAUGGGUAUGGAUUGUGGAUUGAGCUUGGACAAGUAUAUAGAAUUCAAUAUUGGAGACGAAAUUAUCUGUUAUGAAGAAAAAGAAGUUCAACAGACAACUUCCUGGGAUCCAGGAUUUUAACAUACGUUAACACUAAAGGACAUUUAUUACUCCUGGCUGGCCUUCAGGUCUUAACAUUAAACGAACUUUUGAGAU